AUGUUCUUCGCUAGGCGAUCGGUGGCUUCGGCGCGGCUCCUUCUGCGGAACCAGCAGCCCCGGCGAUUCGACUCGCACGCAGCUCACCAUGCCGAGCCUGUGAACGAGAGCUUCGGCCGCAGUUUCUACGUCACCUUCGGCACCUUCGCGUCCGCCUUCGUUCUGUACCAGGUGGCCAAGUCGAACGAUAACUCCUCCCCGUCAUGGAUCACCAACCUCAUCCACAAGUGGACUCCGGACGAGAAGAUCUUUGAGCAGAGAAACGCCAUCCACACGGCCGCUAUGGAGAAGGUCGCUCAUGACCGUCACUUGUUCGCGAGUCAGGGUCCUCGCGAAUUCAUUGAAUUGAAGCAGCCUGAGGUCAGCUUCAGCGCCGUCGCUCCUUACAAUGUCGCCCCCGGCCAGAGCGCCGAUCUCAGCCAUGUUGUCGCUCACUACCAGCGCCAGAACCAGGAGAUGGAGGCCUCCCGUGUGGCCCGGAUGCAGGACGGCAAGGUCGUGUCUCUUUAUGAGUAG